CGGACAUGACUGAGUGACUGAACAGAAGAAAACUCAUUGCUUUUCAGUUUAGUUUUUUUCUUUUUGUGAGAAUGAGAGUGCAAGAUCUUUGCAUGUCAGAGUGGAAAUUGAAAGGAAAUCCGCUGUCCAAUUUGUAUGUUUUAAAGUUUGCUUAAAUGCUUUGUGGCUUUGGAUAUCGUCAAUCUUGGUAAAUGUCCCACAUGCAUUUGAAAAUAAUGUGUAUUCUACAGUUUUUGAGUAUGGUAUUUUAUAUGUAUCAAGGUCAAUUUGAUUAAUGUUGUUUAAUUCUUCUAUGUCUUUAUUUUUUUUGCAUGCUUACUCUUGGUAAACUUGCUCAAGUAUGAUCCUGGAUUUUUUUUUUUUUAUCUCAACUCUUGCUUCAUGAUCUCUCAUCUCUCAACAUAUGCUUUGUAUGUUUUGAAGCUAUGCUGUUAUGUGCAUAUAAAGCACUGUGGAAUGGUCCCUAUUUUUUUUUUAUCAUAUUGGAUGUUUCUCUACUUGAUUUAUACCUUUUUAUUACUGUCAAUACCUUGUCAUCUUUUAAUAUGAUUUAUUUUUAUAAUGUUUGCAUUGACUACUUUCUUUACUUUUUAAUAUCCACAUAUUUUAUCUUUUGCUUCAGCCUUGCAUAAUUACCUUCAUAUUAGGUUUGGCUUAUUUAGUAAAGAAAUCACAACUGAAACAGCAAGUGUAAAUACAAUCACUGCUGCCUAGUUUAGGAAACUCAAUAGUAACUCUUAAAGAUCAACCCACUUGCACACGUAAAACAGUUGUGGCUCACUACAUUCUUCUCAUGACCCUGAAUGGUUUGUGACCUAAGUGUAAGAAACUCUGAAUUCGCUGUGACUAAGAGUAAGAUUUACAAUGGCUCUCUGCAUCCCCGAAAUGCCUUCUUUCAGUAAGCAGAAUGCUUGAGUGCACCACCUUUGACCUGCUGAUAUGUAGAUCACAACAUCUGAUGCUUCCUGGAAUUGCCGAUUACUGUAACUGCUGCCCAUCUGUCAAUGAAGGAGCAGUUUCAGAACUCAGACUUGGGGGAGGAAAAGUAACUAAUGAUCUUCUAUUUUCACUUCAGCGUUGCGGCUUUGAUGGUCCAGCUCUUCCAGUACACAGAUCCAUAAAGGCCAUCCCUGCACCCUCAACAGCUCUGAGGGAGGAGCCAGACCAGCAGUGCCUGAUGCCCCGCCCUCUUCUGCCCUGAGCAGGUGGCUCCAUAAUGACUGUGGCUGAGGCCCUGGUGCACUUCAGAGUCACUCCUCUGCUGCUCUGGUCUGGGGUGUGUCUGUUCAUUUCUGGUCACUCUCAGGCCAGGCCCUCCAAGCACUUCUCUUCCCCAGAGUUGGUGAUCCCCUUGAAGGUGACUGGCUGGGGCAGAAAUGCAAAGGUUCCAGGCUGGCUUUCCUAUAGCCUGCGAUUUGGGGGCCAAAGACACAUUGCCCACAUGAAGGUCAAGAAGUUCUUAGUUUCCAGACCCCUCCCAGUGUUCAUCUACACAGACCAGCGUUCCCUCCAGCAGGAUCAGCCUUUUGUUCCUGAUGACUGCUACUAUCAUGGCUAUGUAGAGGGUGUUCCCAAGUCCCUGGUUGCCCUCAGUACCUGUUCUGGAGGUUUUCGAGGAAUACUACAGAUAAAUGAUCUUGCUUAUGAAAUUGAACCAGUUAGGUUUUCUGCCACAUUUGAACACCGGGUGUAUAGAAUAGACAUCGAUGAUACUCAGUUCCCACGGAUGAGAUGUGGGUUAACAGAAGAGGAAAUAGCACGCCAAUUGGAGUUGCAGGAGUUGCAUAAUUUCACUCUGAUGCAAAGUUCUUACACAGGCUGGUGGACCCACUUGCGGUUUCUUGAGCUGGUAGUGGUUGUGGACAAUCUUCGAUUCAUUCACUCGGGAAGCAAUGUGUCAGUAGUACAAAAUGACAUAGCUAAUGUUGUCAACAUAAUAAAUAGCCUGUAUCACCCUUUGGAUGUUCAUGUAAUUUUAACUGGGCUUGAAAUCUGGACUGAAGGAAACCUAAUUGCCACUGAUAACAUGGAUAAAAUGUUGGAGGAUUUUGCUCUUUGGAAGUUUUUUAACCUUGAUAACCGAUUGCCACAUGAUGCAGCCCAUCUUUUGGUAAAGAAAUCAUUUGGCAGGCAGCUUGGACUUGCCUAUGUUGCUGGAGUAUGCCAGUAUCCUCUUAAUUGUGGAGUUGCUGCUUUUGAAGAUGAUAGUCUGUAUGAUUCUGCAGUUAUUGUUACCCAUGAACUUGGUCAUAAUUUAGGUAUGCUGCAUGAUAAUCAAUCUUGUGUGUGUGAACUUCAGUUUUGCAUAAUGUAUCCUGCCAAAGUGGUAACAAAUAAAUUCAGCAAUUGUAGUUAUGCCGAGUUUUGGAACAAUGUGAUGAGGAGUGGGGUUUGUCUUUACUCUCCUCCAAAUCCAGCAAAUAUUGUUAGGAUCAAGUCUUGUGGGAACCUAGUGGUCGAAGAAGGAGAAGAGUGUGACUGUGGAACCAUAGGCCAGUGUGCACGUGAUCGCUGCUGUCUGCCAGAUUGCACUCUGAAGCCUGGAGCUGCUUGUGCUUUUGGGUCUUGCUGCAAAAAAUGCAAGGUCAGGUCAGCAGGGACUUUGUGCAGAAAACAGAUCAAUCAAUGUGACCUUCCAGAGUGGUGCAAUGGGACAUCGCAUCAGUGCCCAGAAGAUGUAUAUGUGCAGGAUGGGCUUCCCUGUAGUGACAGUGCCUACUGCUAUAAAAAGAACUGUGUUAACCAUGAUGAACAGUGCAGGGAGAUUUUUGGCAAAGAUGCAAGGAGUGCAUCUCCGAGUUGCUACGAAGAAAUCAACACCCAAGGAAAUCGAUUUGGUCACUGUGGUAUCAGCAACAUAGAGUACAUAAAAUGUGCAGUCUCUGAUAUCCUGUGUGGGAGAGUUCAGUGUGAAAAUGUGCGAGUAAUUCCUAAUCUGAUUGAACAUUCCACAGUGUAUCAGUUUUACGUCAAUGACACCACUUGCUGGGGCACCGAUUAUCACAUAGGAAUGUCCAUACCUGAUAUCGGUCAGGUGAAAGAUGGCACAAUGUGUGGUCAAAAAAAGAUAUGUAUUGAUAGCAGGUGUGUCAGUAUGGUUCCUUUGUCACACACCUGUCAUCCUGAGACCUGCCACAUGAAGGGGAUCUGCAAUAAUAAGCAACAGUGCCACUGCAACCCUGGAUGGGCACCUCCUUACUGCAAGGAUGAAGGCAAUGGAGGUAGUAAUAGUAGUGGCCCACCUGGUAAUUCCCAAGAUGACGAGGAAGAUGAGGCAGAUAAGCCAGAACAGGCAGAAGGGGCAGAACAGACAAAAAAAGAGAAAACUCAACUGUGGCUUAUUCCUUUGAUUUGCUCAUUUGUAUGUUUCUUCCUUGUGCUUUGUAAGAAGAGUAUAAGGAAAAAGGAGCCAGAAAUGAUGACAGAAGAAGGAAUGGAAGAAGAGGAGGUGGAGGAAGAAGGUUACUAAGGCUCCUGCUUCAUUCACAAAAAAUAAAGAAAUCCCUAGUUUUUCUUUCAAAUAGUAGAGGAGCAUUAGGCAUGUCUGACUGCUUUAAGAAAAAUUUAAGGAUCUCUCAUGGCAGGGUCAUAGGCAUUAAUAUUUCACUGAAGGAUUCCUAUCGUAUUCUUAACUUACUCUUCAGUGUGUUAAUCAAUAUUAAAAGUUCAUUUUUUCCCUCU